ACAGUAGCAACUCCAUGCAGGAUUGGGAAGAAGAGGGUCCAUACAUUUUUCAACACUGAAGCUAACCUCAACCUCAUCAAGAAUCAAAUUUGAAACCUGAACCAAAAUCUGAAUCUGAACCUGAACCUGCUGCCUAAACAUCAAUCCUAUCCCAAUCCAGGUUUGCCUAGUGUGUUGAGAAAGCUUGUUGCAAGAUUCAUUCUGUUCUCAUUGAACCCAACCCCAACUCAGCUUCAACUUCUCUUUUCUAUACUCCAUCUAUUAAAUGUAACACUAACGCUCUCUUAUCAAUACUGCCAGACCACCACCAGACAGUUUAUCCUUAAAGUUAGAAUUCACUGGAAAUGAUGAGUACUUCCCUGUGAGCCCAAUGUUUAAAACUGAGAUUGAGUCUGGCUCCUGUAACCAUCUUAGUUCUGAUGAUCGAUUAAAGUUUAUUGGCGUUGCUCUUGCUUGUACAGCUGUUCUACUUCUCCAACUAGUAUUUAGCUUUCUUUAGACAACCACAUCAGUCAUGCCUAUUAAUACCUCCUCAACAGGAGCCACUUAUGGCAAGUCGUCUGAUCCACUGUGCCCACUUGGAUUUCAUCCUCAAGUGAGAUGGCCGACUAGAUGUAAAAGAUGCUUUAGAGAUUACAAAGAGCAUAGUGACAGCGGGGAUAAGAAGAAGUUUGGCAACUUGGGUAAAAGUGAAGAGGAGGAUCCCUGGACAGCAAAGAAGAGUGCAUUCCAGAAGAGCAAGUCAGUAGAUGUUACAAUAGAGUCUGGUUCAUCAGCAUCCUCAAGAUUUGCAUCAUACACUACAGCUGCCUCUACCCUCUCACAAAACAAGACAGAAGAGGAUAUCCCAGAAUGGAAAAAGAAUAUGCUGGACAGGAGGAAGAAGGAGAAGGAGGAGGAGGAGGCCAAAUCUAGAAACUUUGGUUUUAUACCAGGGACAACAUUACAUUCCUCAUAUGUUAAUAAAUCGUAUGAUCAAGAUGCACGUCUGACAAGUUGGGGCUCUGCAUCCAAUCUUAGGCCCUCAUCCUCAUAUACAAAUCUGACAGAAGAUGAAACAUCAUCUUAUAGAAAGAGUAAAGAUUAUUCUGCUCCAACAUCAGCAUCAAGUUGGUCUAAACCUGCAGAAAAGGAACCAGAACUCACUCCUUAUGAAAAGUAUCUCAAAAGGAAAAAGGAACAAGAAGACAAAGAUGAGGAGGAAAAAAGGAGAAAUGAUGAUGAAAAGAAAGAAAUAGAAAGAAAGAGGGAAAGGGAACGGAAGAGAGAAGAAGAGCGGAAAAAAGAGGAAGAUGCAGAGAAGGAAAGAUCUAGGCAAAGAGAAAAAGAAAGAGAAAAUAAGAGAAAAGAAGAAGAGCUCAAAGCAAAGGAAGCAUUAGAAAAAGUCAAGGCUAAACCUGAAGAAAAACCAACAAGAAAAUGGGGAUCCUCUGCAGCCUCUACAUCCUCCUCUAUUAAACCUGGAGAUGCUAAACCAAUAGAUGAAGCUCCUGUGGUGAAAAGAAAGCCCUGGGAGAAGCCAUCUGCUGCUGCAAAAUCUACUUUACCCAGUCUUAAUGAGACCCAGGCAAACCCCAAAUCUUGGUCACGUUCUAGAAAAACAAGUGAAAGUGACUCUGAAAGCAAUUCAGUUGCAGUAACCUAUGCUCAUUCUGACAGUGAUCAUGAUUCAAUUUCAAAAUCUGAAGUUGAGGCUUUAAAAAAUGAACUGAAAGCUUUGAAGAGCAGAAACGAAGUUUUAGAAAAAUUUAAUUCUGAUCCCAGCUCCAAGAAACCAUUAACUCUGGAAUCUGCCAAAGCAUCAGAGGCAACUUCAGAACUUUUAAAGGCUAGGCAAAAAAUAAGUGAACAAGAAGCACAGCUGUCUAGUUUGGACAAAGAGAGAAAAGCAUUAGGUCUUAAGCUAAAAGAAAUGGAAUCAACUCUGGAAAGAAGACCUCAGGUAUCUGAAACCCAGAAAACAAUAUCCGAACUGCAAACCAAGUUGAAAUAUUUGGAGAAAAAGUGUGAAGAUCUUACACAUGACAAUGAUGAUUUGCGUGGUAACGUUCAAACAUUAGAAGUGGAGCUAGAGGAGGUUCAAGACAAUUUUAGAGAAGAUGAAGUUGAUGAAUACAGAACUCUUAAAAGAGAAUUGGAAAACCAUGCAAAGAAUUGCCGAGUCUUGCAAUUUAAACUGAAGAAAGCUGAAAAAUCUUUAAUAGACACAACUUCAGAAAAAGCAGAUUUAGAAUCAAAACUAAAAAGUAUGAGUGGAGGCUCAUCUGCACUAGAAAACCUUAAUAAAAUAAGAGCAUUAGAAAAAGAAUUAGAGAGUAAAAAUAUGUUGAUAAGCAGACUGGAAUCUGAAAAUAAGGCUAGCAAAUCUUCUGCAUCUAUUAGUGGACCUAGAAAAGGAGGACCAGGACCUGUUUUAAGUAGAACGGGUUCUGUUGAGCGCAAUGUUGAAGACCAGCUUUUGAAAGAUCUUCAGGACUCAAUAGAAAGGGAAAACGAUUUGAAAGAGCAGCUUAAUAUGGCUGAAGAUGAAUCUGGUGAAAUGAGGAAAAAAAUGUCAAGGCUAGAGGAUGAAAAUGAGUCAUUAGCGUCACAAGUUAAGAAAAUGGCUUCCAAGAACAAAAGAAGAAGCCCGAGUCCUUAUGGAAGAAAUUCAUAUAUUGAAAAAGAUGAAGGUAUCAGUGAAGAUGGGGAAGAGCUAAGCCCUGCUGAGUUAAAAGUUCAACUUGAAGUGUCUGAGGGGGAAACUACAUUGUUACGCAAAAAGGUUGAAAAUUUGCUGACUGAAAACAUCAAGAUAACAAAAGAAGUCAAGGAAAUCACCACAAAGCUGGCUGAAGAGAAAAAGAAGAAGCCAGCUAGCACACAUUCUUAUGGACACACCUCUAAACAGGAUAAUAAUCAAGCAGAGAAGAAAAUUGAUGAGCUUCAAACAGAAAUAAAUACUUUCAGAGUCAAACUUAUUGAAAAGGAUCGUGAAAUAGAGAGGCUUGAUGCACAGGUAAAGUCUAGUAAAGGAAGUGGAAAAACUCUUUUGCGUUCCAGUUCUCAGGAUGAAGAUCUUUUAAAGAAACUGAAUGUGAUUGAGAAGGAAGCGGAGGUUUUAAGAAAAAAGACAGCUGAGCUUGAGCAGGAAAAUGAUAAUUUGAAAACUGAAAACAAGAAAAUGCAUUCUGGUUAUGGAAAGAAGCCAGCAAGCACACAAGAAAAACUCCAGAUGGAUAAAUUUUCUUUAGAAGAGAAAGUUAAAGGUUUGGAAACUAAACUGAAAGAUUCUAACAAAAAAAUCCUAGAGCUAGAGGAUUCUGGAAAAAGUUCCAUGAAAACAAAUUUAGAACUUGAUAAGCUAAAGAGAGAGAAAACAGCUACAGAAGCAGAAGUCAACAAACUGAAGGAUGCAAUAAAUGCUGACAAACGGAAGUAUGAGAAAAUGGAGAGAGAUCUCAGCAGUGCAACUGAAAAAGCUGAUAAAGCCCAAAGAGAAUUGAUUGCAGCUGAAAGAGAAAAGCGUAAAGCCGAAGAGGAAAGGUCUAGAUUGGAGACUCAACUGAGUCGUGUAGAAACUGAUAUAAGGUCUUUAACACGUGAGAAAGAUAGAUAUAAGGAUGAAUCUGAGAGUGCCAGACUGAAAAACAGAGAGAACCUAAACCAGACCCAGGAAGGAAUGAAAGCUUUCAAAGAUCAAAUUGAUAUAUUGAAACAAGAUUUGAGUGAUGAAAAGAAAUCAACAAGAGAACUUAAAAGACAGUUGGAUGAAAAAGCCAGAUCCUCUGAUACAGAACUAUCUAACCUAAGAAGAGAAAUAGAUAGGAAGGUCAGCGACAUGGAAGACAAGACCAAAAAGUUGAAGGAUGCUGAAGAAAAAAUUACUGAUAUGGAGGAAAAACUUUCAAAAUCCAAAAGGAUCAACCAGCAGCGCAAAGAUAAAAUUGAGAAGCUAGAACAGCAAAUAGAAACUGCGGAAUAUGAAAAUAAAUCAGAUCUGCAAGAAAAGCUUGAUAACGCAGAGUCUAAAUUGAAAGAACUAGAGAAUCAGCUUUCAAAUAAUUCUGCAAGUGCUCCAAGUUGGGAGACUAAUAAGUUGAAACGAGAAAUUGAAACUUUGAAGAAAGAGAAUACAAAUCUGUCAGCAAAACAUGAACAACUUGAGGAAGACUAUGUUAUUCUAAAGUCUAAAUCUAUAAAUGGCAAGGAUGAAGACUAUACAACCCUUCAAGGCGAGUUGUCAACAUUAAGACACACCUACAAUUCCAAGUCCGAUGAAUGGAUAAAAGAGAAGCUAGAUCUGGAAAAGAAAAUUAAAGAGCUUGAACAGUCUAUUCGUUCAUCCGCUGGCAAUGGUUGGGAUGUGGAAAGAAAUAGGUUUAAAUCAAUUUUAGAUGAUAGAGACAGUCAAAUCACAAACCUAAAGAUUGAAUGUGAUGUUGCAAGAAGUCAACAUUCCGCAGUAAAAAAAGAACUUGAAGAUGUAAAGCAAAAACUUCAAGAUUAUGAAAAAAUGAAUAGAUAUGGUAGAUCUGCAAAUGAUAGUAGCUCAUCUGCAGAUACAUCUGCAGCAAUUGAAGAUCUCAAAAAGCAGCUAACAACAGAGCAAAGAGAGAGAAAGUCAGACUUAAAUACAACUAAGAUGAAGUAUGACAGUAAGAUUGCUAUUAUGACAGAAGAAAUUCAUGCAUUAAAAUCCCAGGCAUCCAAGUACAGACGAGAAAGAGAAACUUAUAAGGAAAUGUUUGAGGGUGUCCAGAAAAAGCUUACUGAAUCUAAAGGAGGAAAAAUUACUGCCGGAGAUGCUGCCACAGAACUUGUUCAAUGCAGAAGCAAAAUAUCAGAUAUGUCUUACCAGCUUCAUGUACUUGAAGACGAAUUGUCAGAUGCCAAAAUGGAGGCAGCCAAAGCUCAAGCAAACAUGAUGUCUACAAAAUCUAACUUUGAAAUUCAAAUUGCUGAACUUAACUCUAAAAUCAAUGAAAUGGAAGAAGAGGCAUUGAUUGACUCAGGUAGAGCAAGGAUUGCCGGAACAAGAACCAAAAUGGAACUUGCCUGGCAAAAGGAAAGAGAAUCUCAAAAGAAGUUAAUUAAUGAGCUCAACACCAUGGCAAGAGAUUUGAAAAGCACUUUACUUGAGGUAGAAAAAGAAAAGGAGCGUGAUAGAAUAGAUGGUAAGAGAAAAAUAGAGGCUAUGAAGAGAUCCUUUGAAGAAGAGCAAGAUGAUACUAAAAAGCAGAUUACAGAUCUACAAUAUGAUUUGCUAGAGCUUAGAGAUGCUCAUGCAAAACUGCGCACAACAAAUGAAAAGCUUCGAAGAGAUAAAGAUAGAUCAGUGGAUGAUGUCAGAGUCCAGAGUAAAUCUAGAUCUGAGUAUGGGGAAGAAAAGAAGAUUAUACGACUUCUUAGUGAUAUGGAUGAGUUCCUCACAGUUAUUCCAAAACUUCUUGGUAAUGAUAUCCUGGAAAAGGAUGAAAAGAACAGCAGAUCAUCCAGACUUGACAAUGAAAAAAGUCUAGCCAAGAUGGAGUUUAAAACUGCUCUGUUUAGAGUUAAAGAAACUAAAGAAGAAUUAGAACAGCUUCAUAAAAUCAGUGAGGAAGAAAUGAAAAGAAGAUCAAGGCGAGGAGAAUCAAUAGAAACAAUUAAUGAAGAAUCUCCAAGAGGCAGAUCUGGAAUGAGAAAUGCCUCUCACUCAGCAAGCUCUCAAAAGAGGGCUAUGUAUAGAAAGGCUGUGUCCAUGGGAGAUGGAAUGUCAGAAUCUGGGAAUAUCUGGCAGAGCAAGGAAUCUCUUGGUAGUAAUGAAAGUAUGGCUUCCAAUGCAUCCAUUCCACUUCCCAUACCUGUCCGAACCCGUAGUGCUAGAGGUGGUUCUGAGUCUGGAUACUCAAGUGAUACAUACAAUGCUAUGACAAUACGAAGACUAGAGCGUGACACUAGUGUAGACAGAUUAUCUACUGGCUCAAGGGAAUCUACCCAGAGUGAAUGGCUACCAGGGGAGAAGAAGAAAAGCAAAGGAUUGUUAGGCAAACUGAAAAAGAUCGGACGAAGCUUGUCCACGGAGCGGACUAAUGAGGAGAAAGAGUUUGGAUCUGGAUCAGACAUAAGUUCUGUGUCACAACAGAGUAAAAUGUCUUCUUCCUCAAAAAUGUCAACAGCUAGUAAAAUCAUUCAAAGAGCCCGCUCAGUUAGUAAGGAUCGUGUAGGAGGAGAAAAGGAAAAGAAAACUCCAUUUGGACCACCCGGAAAUGCAAAUGCUGCAUUUGAUAAAUAUUUUGAUAAAGCCGCUCCAGGAGCUGUAGCCACAGCAGCUCCCACAAGGCCUGGAGCAACAACAGUGACCCCUAGACCUACUGUGACCCCACCAGCAUCAGCAACAAGGACAUAUAGACGGUUUUAAUCUUCUUCAACUUUGGGGAUAACUCUAGGUCACAUUUUUCCAGGUACUUAAAUUUACCUACCAAGAGAUACUUGCACCAAGAGAUACUUGCACCAAGAGAUACCUACUCCAAGAGAUAUCUACUCCUAGAGAUAUAUAUUCCUAGAGAUAUAUACUCCUAGAGAUAUCUACUUAUAGAGAUACCUACUACUAGAGAUAUCUACUUCUUGGGAUAUUUACUUCUAGAGAUAUAUGCUCCUAGAGAUAUCUACUAUUAGAGCUACCUACUUCUUAAGAUAUCUACCCUGGAGAUAUAUACUCCAAGAGAUAUAUACUUUAAGAGAUAUCACUCCUAGAGAUAUCUACUCUUAGAGAUAUCUAUUCCUAGAGAUAUCUACUCCUAGAGAUUUAUACUUCCCUUCUAUAUUUGUUAAACCCUUUGAUCGAGCAGUUGAGAUGAAAUCUGAAAAUCAGAGUAAAUCUUAAAAAUUAGAUGUUUUCUAUUAAUUGUAUAAAGUUUUUUGAAUAAACAUUUAUUCAUAUUGUAAAUUGUA